AUGUCGGGAGUCAGCAGUGACCAGUUGCACAAGUCAACUUUAACCGUCUAUUCGAACCUGAUGGAGCACUUCAACCCAGGCCUCCAGAGGCUCGUAGCUCUAGGAAACAGCUAUGUGAAGGCUUUUCAAGCCUUAGCUGUUUGCAGUGAGUCCUACUUCAGCGCUGUGGCUAAGAUGGGCGACCAGGCACUUCACACGCUCUCAUCUCGCUCACUUGGGGAUGUCCUGAUCCAGAUAUCAGAAACACAGAGGAGACUUACUGCAGAGAUGGAGGGCGUGUUUCGAUGGUUCCAGGUGGAGGUGUUGCAAGCGAUGGAGAAGAACAUCAAGCUGGAUGAGGAGUACAUUGAUGGGAGUCGCAGAGUGUAUGAGCUGGAGGUGAGGAACCAAGCAGAGACGUUGGAGAAGCAGCUACGGCGAGGAACCUUCAGAGACUCUCUGGAGAACAGUGAAUACAUGGUGUACCUGAGGCAGAGCCAGCAGGAGAUCCUGAAGGAGGAAGAGAGAAGGUAUCGCUUCUUAGCAGAGAAACACUGUGGCCUCACUCAGUCACUGCUGUUUCUAAUAAACAAGACGAGCGCAUCUCUCCAGCAAAAGGCUGAUGGAUGGAAAGAGAAAGUGAAUGAGACCAGAGGGUCCAGAGCUCGAACUCCCACCCAUUUAGACCAGGAGGCACAGCUGCGAGGUUCAGUGAGCUCCCUGCUGCAGACGGUCGCCAGAGAUGAGGACAUGUCCUGGGCCAGACGGGAGCAACAGGCGCUGGGCAGAGUGCCCUCUAGAGCGCCGUCUCCCCUCCCCAGCCGCUCUCGCUCCAGCUCAGUGGGGGAGUCUCUGGGUCUGGGAGGAGGGAGAGCCAUGAGAGCCUUGGUGUCUCACCCCUCCUCAUCCAACCCUAAGCUCCUGCCGUUUAACAGGGGAGAGACUGUCACCGUACUGGUCCAGGAGCCGCGCAACGGCUGGCUGUAUGGACGCACUGACAGCAGCCUGCGUCAGGGCUGGUUCCCUGCUGCGUACGUGGCCCCUAUUGAGGAUUUCUCCAGUACUUUAUCGACAAGCGGUGGUUCUCUGAGAAGCCACAGUAUGAACAACCUGCUGGACACUGACACCUACACGGACCAAUCAGAGAACAAGAGCUCCGGGGAUAUCCCGCCCCCUGCCACACCCAACCGUAGAGCCUCCGUGGACUUCCGGCCGAUCUCUCCGCUACCCGAGAAGAAGGCAGAGCCAGCGAUCGAGGCGAAACCCAGUCAAACAAAGAGCUACAGCGAACACCAGCCGCCACCUCCUCCCCCACCGCCUCCUCCUCCACCAAGUCAGGGUCUCAGAAGGGCCUCGGUAGACUUUCGACCAGUCUCCCCCCUCCCUGAGAGGAAGGGUGAAUCAGCAGCCGAUGUCCAGGCACUAUCACCCCAUGGGCCGCCUGAAAACCCCUUGUUUCCCAGAGGCACAAACCCAUUUGCCACAGUAAAGCUUCGUCCCACGACGACCAAUGACAGAUCUGCUCCUCGGAUCCCCUGA